AUGGUGCAGACCAUCAUCCCGAUUAUCUCACGGCGAACCCCUCCGCGCGUGGCUCACCCUUCACAGCAACAGGAAACCCUCGUCCGAGCUCACAUGCCCCUCUCCGGGCUCCCUGGCUCACCCCAGAACCCGAUGGCUCGGCCCGGGAGCCGGGAGGCGGAAGAUACGGCGAGCCGCCCCGAGCGCGAGGCUCCGUCCGCCGAUUCUACAAAUGCCCUACGAGCCCAGCUGCGCCUCGUCAGUCAAAGACUUGACGAAGUACAACAAGAGGUCCGUAAGUCCAAGGGAGACCACGGAGUGGACAGACAGCAAGGAUCCCCGUUCACCCCCGAGAUCCAAGAUCAGGCGAUCCCGUCACACUUCCGCCUGCCCUCGUUGGACGCAUAUGACGGCGCCGCUAACCCAGCGGACCACGUGGCCACCUUUCGCGCCCAAAUGGCACUAUACGGGACCUCCGACGCUUUGAUGUGCAGGGCGUUCCCGACAACCCUACGGGGUCCGGCCCGCGCGUGGUACAGCGGUCUGAAGGCCGGGACCAUCGCCUCCUUCGACCAACUCGCCAAAGACUUCGAGCUCAGUUUCCUAGCUUACGCUCGACCGAAACCAUCCGUGGCAUUACUCCUCGGGCUCAACCAGAGGGAGGACGAGCCCCUCUCCCAUUUUGUGAACCGCUUUACGACUCAAAUUCGCGGACUAUCGGACGCUCACCUCUCUCUACUGAUGCAGGCAUUCAUGACAGGCCUGCGGCCUUCCCGGUUCUUCUGGUCUCUCGUGGAGCGACCCCCUGCCGCGGUUCCCGAAAUGAUUCAGCGUGCUGGCCAGUUCAUCGCCGCGGAGACAUGGAUGGCCAGGAAGCGGGAAGAACACAAAAAAGUCAAGACGGAGCCGCCCCGACAGCAGCAGCCCUCCACCUCCCGUCGUAGGUUGGAUAGAUCCGACCCGAGGUCUCCUCUCCCCGUCUUGAGUUCUUCGCAGACGAAAAUACUUCUCCAUGAGAAGGGGAAGGGAUUACUCAAGGAGCCCCACCCGAUGAGGAGCCCGCGAGAGCUCGCGGACCGCUCGAAAUACUGCCGUUUCCAUCGGCAGCAUGGGCACGACACUGAGCAGUGCCGUGAGCUAAAAAGGCAGAUCGAGGAGCUCAUCCGCCGAGGGCAUCUCAGCCACUACCUUCCACCGGUCAAGGAGCCGUCACCUCACCCGGAAGGCCCCGUCGAACGACACAUCGACGUGAUAGCCGGGGGUCCCGUAGCAGGGGGGGCUCCGCGUCGGGCAGAAAGGCGUAUGCCCGGGCCGCUCCCGACGAAGCCUCGGGACACGAGCCCGAGCCCGAGAUUACCUUCCCGACCGGAGUUGCCGAGCGACCUGACCACGACGACGCCCUGGUAA